UGGCGGGAACGCGUAGAGAACCCUAAUAAUCACACUUUUCUGUCUCGAAAUCCACCCAUGGCUAUAUGAUUAUUGUAGCCCCUUUCGUGUCUCUUCGUUUCUCCACUCUUCUUAUAAUCAAUCGUUCCACUCUCUUUUCCCGAGAACAACCACAGUAUCUCUACAACCGCAGUCACAUUUGGAGAAGAACACCAGCGAAGAAGACAAUGCCUGUCGUAGCUGAGUACGCGAAGUCGAAUCGAUCGUCGUGUAAGGCAUGUUCGGAGAAGAUAGCUGUUAAAUCGCUUAGGUUAGGGUUGAUUAGCAAAGGACCUGGCGGGGUUGAUAUGACCAGAUGGCACCAUUUCGAUUGUUUUCCGACUGGUUCCGAGUCGAUUGCUUCCAUUGAUGAUAUUCAGGGUUUAUCUGCUUUAGAGAAAGAUGAUCAGGAUGCUUUGACGAAAAUGGUGGAACAGUGUGGUGAAGAAGCUGCAAAAACAAAGCAAGAUGACAAGAAGGUGACGGUUAAAAUGGGGCCGAAGAGGUUUAAAGAGAACAAUGCCAAAAUUAUUGCUGAGUAUGCGAAAUCAAGCAGAUCAUCAUGCACGAGGUGUUCUCAGACAAUCGUUUCAAAGGAUCUGAGGUUGGGGCUGGUGACUAAAGACCCCAGGGGAUUUGAUAGGACAAGCUGGCAUCACUUGGAUUGUUAUCCCUGCGAUUGGAAUCCUAUUCUUUCCGUGGAUGACGUUGGUGGAUACUCUUCACUUGAGCGUGAUGAUCAGGAUGCAAUAAAGGGAUUGGCCGAACUAUGCAGGAAGGAGACUUUCAAAGAUCAGGAGUUACCGAAGAUGGAUGAAGUUAAUGCUGAAUCUGUAGCUGAUAAUGUGCUCACAGACGAGACAAACGAAGGAAAACACUCUCCGAUUGCAAAAUUGGCGGAACAAUGUGGCGAGCCUGCAAAAGAACUUGAUGAGGAUGAAGAGAUUAAGAAGUCUACAUCAGAUGCAACAAUUGGGCAGAAGAUUACGGAGACGACAGGAUCUCCUGAUUCUUCAAAGGUUUCUGCUGAGUAUGCAAAAUCGAGCAGAUCAACAUGCAAGAAAUGCUCUCAGACUAUCGCUGCAAAGGAACUGAGGUUAGGGCUAGUGACCAGAAACUUCCGGGGCUUUGAUAUGACACAAUGGCAUCACUUGGGUUGUUUUCCUGUCGACUCAGAUCCUAUUGGUUCUAUAGAGGACAUUGGUGGAUUCUCAGAACUGCAGAGUGGUGAUCAGGAUGCAUUAAAGGAAUUGGUCCAACAAUGCGGGAAGAAGACUUUGGUAGAUAAGAUGGAUGAAGAUAAUGAUGAAUCUGAAGCUGAUAGUAAUAGGCUAACUGAAGAGACGAACAAAAGAAAACAUUCCGAGGUUGUAAAGAUGGUGGAAGAAGAUGAAUCGCCAACUAAAGCAAACCAACACACGUCUAGAAAACAUAAGAGGAACAUCAGUGAGUCAACUUCUCAGGUCGAGGUUGAAGCAGAAAUGUCUCUUUCAGCUUCUGAUGUGAAGGAUAAGUACAGGGAUGCCAAUCUAUUACCAAAAUGGAAAGCUUUCGAGACAGUUAUAUUCCUUGAGCGGGAUGAUGGUCUUAAUGAUUCAGAGAAAAUAGCUGCAUUUGACUUCGAUGGAUGCCUAGCAAAAACAUCUGUGAAAAUUGUAGGGGCACAUGCAUGGUCCCUUAUGUAUCCCUCCAUUCCUGAGAAACUGCAAAGUCUGUACAGUCAAGGCUAUAAGCUGGUCAUUUUCACAAAUGAAUCCAACAUUGAUCGAUGGAAGAACAAAAGGCAAGCUGCUGUAGAUUCGAAAAUUGGACGUCUCAACAGUUUUAUCAAGCGCGUGGAGGUUCCCAUUCAGGUGUUUAUAGCCUGCGGGGUCUCAAGUUCUGGUGGUAAAGAGGACCUUUAUCGCAAACCUAAGGCUGGAAUGUGGCAACUCAUGAAGAAGCAUUUUAACUCUGGAAUUGCAAUUGAUAUGGAUAAAUCCUUCUACGUUGGGGAUGCAGCCGGAAGAAAAAUAGAUCACAGCGAUGCUGACAUCAAAUUUGCGCAGGCGAGUGGACUAAAGUUUUACACCCCGGAGGAGUACUUUAUCUCUUAAAGUACAUAAGCAGGGACUUAGCUGUAUCAGUCUUCUCGCAACUUCUUUUGGUUUUUGUGAUCAAACUAUCAGUAGGCUUUUUUCAAACUAUCAGUAUGCUUCUUGUGAUCAAACUAUCGGUAUGUGUUUAACACACUUUUGUAUAUAACUACUAUUUAAGCAUCAAUUAGAAGCUUAUUCAA